GUAUUUUAAGCUUUAUUUUUAAUUUAGUGAUUAGCUUUAUCUUUUAACGUAUUUUUAUCAGACAUCUUUAAGCUAAGUGAUAAUAUUAAGUGAAAGAAAUUCGAUUUGAACUUCAGCUACACUCCUUAAAUCAAAUUUAUUGAUUGAUGUACAACUUAUACAAUUUUAACCAAAAUAUAUCUACAAAAAAUGGGUAAAAGAAAAAGUUGGGUGUGGUCAUAUGCAAGGCGAAUAGGAGAUCGAGCAUUUUGCGAUUUAUGCGAUAAGAAUACUUGCAAUGAAUACUCUUGUGCUGGUGGAACCACUGGAUCUUUGCUAAGGCACUUGCGUAAUAAACAUAAUAUAAAACCCCCGGAAGAAUCAACAACGACAUGGUCUGAAUCUGGAUCUAAUAAACAAUCUAAUGAUUCCAAAGAAAUACAUAGUGAAAGCAAAAACAAUACAAUUCUUAUCGGACAAGAUGAUACAAUUUUAGUUAAAGAAGAAAUUACACCUUCUAUUUUGGAUUUUGUAAUUAAUGAAAAUUCAAAAUCUAGAAAACGUCGCCGUAUUUCUGAAAAAUGUGGGUCUGAUAAUGAUCGUGAAUGCAAUAAUGAAAGAACAGAGUUAAUUCAUCAAGCACUGGCUUCAUUAAUCGCAACAAAUCAAUUACCAAUAUCAUUUUGCUCGAGUCCUGGAUUUUGUCAAUUCAUGGCUAUCGUGGAGCCUAGUUAUAAAAUCUGCAGAGAUGAAGCAAUGAAAAAAAGACUAUGUUCUUUAAAAUUAACCAUUGAGGAUAAAAUUAAAAAAGAAUUACAAAAUGCAAAAAGUGUAGUCUGUACUAUUGGUGCAGGUUGGUCUUCUGCUGGUCAAAAUUCUUAUAUAACUUUAACUGCUCACAUAAUCAACAAAGAGUGGUCACCAAAGUCAUUUACUUUAGCCACGCUUGAUAUGACUUCAGAACCCAAUACAGUAGAAUUUAUAGCGGAAAAAUUAACAUGUAUAUUAGAUGAUUGGCAAAUUAAUGGUAAAAUUACGACCAUUGUCACUGAUAACACACAACAUUUAAUAAAUGCUGUAAAAUUAAUACCGGCUAUUAAAAUAGAUGAUGAAAACAUGGAUGUGAUGUGUGCUGCAAAUAGUUUACAAUCAGCCAUUAAUGUUGCGCUUAAAGAAAAAAACUUUUCGGAAAUAAUAAAACAAUGCAAUGCUGUAGUUGAGCAUUUUAGACAUUCAAAUGCAGCUAAAAAGUCAUUGUUAAAUGAACAACAACAGCUAGGAAUCCUACACGAAUCAUUGGUGCAAUAUUGUGAAACACGGCGAAACUCAAUUUAUUUAAUGUUCGAACUCCUUUUAAAAAAUAAGAGACCAAUUUCAAAUGUAUUGGCAGAUAGAACAAUUACAUCAUCGGAUAUUUCUCGGAAAAUAGAAAUUACUAAAUCCCAAUGGUUGAAAAUAGAAAAUCUUGUCAGUCUCCUUAAACCACUAUAUGUUGUAACAAAUUUAUUUUGUACAGAAAACCAUUCACCAGCUUCAAUGGUCAGACCACUAAUUGCACGAUUAUUGGAUCACCAUUUAAAAUUGAAAGAAACUGAUGAUGUAUUAACUAAAAAUUUCAAACGUACUAUUAUUUCUGAAAUUAAAGAACGGUUUAAACUUUCUUGGAAUGAAACAAAUUCUGUCCCUGUCAAACAAAUUGCAUCUUUUUUAGAUCCUCGUUAUAAAGAUUUAGAAUUUGAAUCAAUUUCUGCAAGAGAAAAAAUUCAAUCGUCUGUUAAGGAUUUAUUGGAAAGAUGUAGACCUGAAAUUAAUUUAGAGAAAGAUCCACCAAUUCAAAGAAGUGAUCUUGAAUAUUUGUAUGGAAAUAUAACAAUAGACAUUAAUGAUUUAACUAUUCAACUUCAAACUUAUAUAGCUGAACCUCCAUUACGAUUUGAUUUAAAUCCAUAUGAUUGGUGGAAAUCAAAAGAAAAUAAGUAUCCAGCUCUUGCAACAUUAGCAAAACAGUAUAUUGCUAUUCCUGCCUCAUCGGUAAGUUCCGAAAAAUGUUUUUCUACUGCUGAUAAUUUAGUGACCUCAAAAAGAACCAAUUUAUUAAUGGACAAUGUUAAUAUGCUGAUGUUUCUAUAUCAUAAUAGAAAAUUAUUACAAUGAGAGUUAAAAGUUUUUUUAAAU